AUGUCCGCACACACGCAGCCCAAACAGAUCCUGAAAAAGGGAAUCUCUUACAAGGAAUACAGUCUAUUGGAAGAAUGGGCACCUCAAACGCUAUCAGAGUAUCACUGUUCCGAAGGAUUACCUUCUGCCGCACAGGCACAGCUCGAGGGUGCAUUCACCGAAGUACAAAAUCCUAUCCCUAGACGGUCCAAGAAUCGAUCCUCUUCGCUGUAUGAGGAAUGGAAGGCCCAGGCUUCGCGUAGCGCAACGACUAGUGUGUCAAUCCCCGUCCCUGCGAAGGCAGGAGGGAGCCAGGAUACUGGUACCGAGAAUGUUGACCCCGCUGAUGGUGGUGUUUUGGGUGAUUCUGGAGCGUUGUGUACUCAGACCGGCGAGAUCACGGAGCGUGUGCAGGUUGGACUGCCUGUUCAAGCCCAUGUUCCAGAGAAUGCUCAGACAAAUGUCGCUACGAAUCGAAGUGCCUCCAAGCCCAAUGACCACCGUCCGGCCACGAUCUCAUGCAAUAAAAAACAGGCAAAGACCACUGAGGCUAAAAACCUGGCUGACGUUCGGGCGGCAUCCCGCUCAGAAAUAGGAGGAUAUACUGCUCCGAACGGUUCUCAUCUCCCGAAAGACGAGCUGCUUAAACUCUCCGACGGCGUGAAGACUUCAAACAGUGAUAAGGUGUAUUUCCGGCCAAGUUUCCUGGAAGAUCCCUGGAAGGGUCUGAAGGCUAUCAAAAUGGAGUGUACAUCACGAUACUGGUCUACGCAAGGUUCCCUGCAGCUCUAA